AUGAGUAACCACGAACAGUCACGUGAGGGUGAGAAUAUCGAAUCUAGCGAAGGAGCAAUCUUUCGGUCCCUACAACAAAUCAUGGACCGAUUAGCUAGGCUAGAGGCUACUCGUCCUAACCCCCCACCUGAACCUAGGGAACUAGCUGCCCAUCCUAGACCACGUCGAGACCACAGUCCCGGGACCCUUAGCGGUGACGAGAGUGACGUAGGCCCCCCUAGGAGGUUGCGCGAGAGAGUAGUAGAACCUGUGGUAGACCGAGACCGCAACCAUAGGAACCGAGCCCCUAGGCACUACGAGCGCCAACCCGAUGAAGGGUCUGAUUACAACGAACCCCGUAGAGCUUAUAGACUUCGAGAUAGGAUAGAUGACGAGGGACCCGAAUACGACGAACCACCUAGGAGACGAGCCCAACCAAGACCGAGAGUUCGGGCCGAUCGUAGACGAGAGGCACCCGAUGACUUAGAUGAUCCCUACUCCGUGCUUAUCGCGGAUAAACCGAGCUUAAGCUCAAGCCCCCUCUCUUCCUAG